AUGAAGGCUGAUCACGGAUUCUUGGCACAUUACAGUAGUCACCGCUUCCAAGACAAUCCUGACUCGGUCUUCAAUGAGGCCAUCUUAAGAAAUGAUGUUAAAGUCAGCAGAACUUCAUUAAAUGAGUCUUUAAAGGCCAAUUUCUCCACAUGUUCAUGGCUGAAAGGUAUUCUCGCUUUAAGGUCAUUAUUCUUCUUCUACUCGGUCCCAAAUGGAGGCUUUAUUUCUUUUCCCUGGGCUGCGUACCUCUUGGGCUAUUUUGGUUCCUCCACGAAUUCGUCAGGGUUCGAAGCUGAAAAAAUUGUCUCCUCGCCAUGGCUUGAAGUGAAAUGCCAGUUGAAAAAUAACUAA